AUGCUGUCGCCGCUGAACUACCUGGGCCUCUUGGUCUACUUUGUGGUCCUGCUGGUGUGCAUGGUCGCCUCUUACAGGCAGCCGGCUGGCCCUGCUAGGAGGGCCUCGUCCAUCGGCCUCAUCGCUGUGACCUGGUUCUACAUCCUCCACUUCUCUAUCACAUACCCAUGGACCUCCUGGUACGAGGAGGGCCUCAACCUCUUCGACGUCGCCUACGCCGAUGUCAUCUGGGGUGGUGCGUCUGGCAUUUGGGGCCUCUCGCAGCAACUCCUGUCCUGGGCGAUCGUGGCGACCGUGUGGACGAUUGAGAGUCCGGCCUACUACCAGCUGUUCGGCCUCUUCGGUGCGAUGUCGGGGAGCUACUGCCUGAUCCCAUUUUCCUCAGAGCCUGCGGGCAAGGUCCCUGCCUCCCUGGUUGCCUUCACCCUGCUGGCCUUUGUCAGUAUGUGGAUGCUACCACACACCAGCACCCUGAGAGGCUUAAGUUGGUGGCUUUGGGCCCUGCACGCGUGCCUGAUCGUGCCCAAGUUCUUCCAGUGGGGCCCCUCGGUGGAUCGGGGAGCGCUGUACCUCGUGCUGGCAAUUUUGAGCUUCCUGACGCACAUAACCUCCUCGAAGAGUUCGUGGCCGCAGUCGGACUGCCAAAUCUCCAUCUCUGUGGAUGUGCUGGCCUCCUCUGCACUGACGUGCGCGUUUGCGGCCCAGCAUGUGAAGGUCCAAGAGCUGAUCGUGUGGGCCUUACUGGUCUAUCUGGCCUCCCCUGGCUUCGUCUUGGGCUGCGUCUGCGGCUUCUACCAGCAUGGCCUCAGGUCAAAGCUGGUCACCCUCAUCCAGAGAAGCAUCUCCCAGCUCGCGGGCUCAUCGCAGUCGGGCUGGAUGAACCUGGGGUACUGGCAGUCCACGACGGACUACGCUGUCGCGUGUAGACAGCUAGCAGAGGCCGUCACCAAGGAAGCCGCCCUCAAGGAGGCGGACCAUGUCCUGUGCGUUGGCUGUGGAAGGGGAGCCGAGCUCAGCUUCAUCAGUAGCAGGCACAGCCCACAGCGCGUGGUUGGCUUGGAUCAGGAGCCACAGGAGGCGUCGCAGCUCAACGGUGUGGAGAUGAAGGUUGGUUGCGCCGAGAGCUUCGCAUCUGGGCUCGACCGCUUCCGUCGCGGCGAGUUCACCACCAUCUUGGCCAUCGACAGCCUCUACCACUUCGACAAGCCCGCAUUCUUCCGGGAAUGCGCUAAGGUGCUCCAGAUCUCCCAGCCGGUGACCUUUACGGACGUCGUCCUUCGCCCGGGGGCGCCAAGCUGGAUCCGCCUCUGCCUUUGCGCGAUGGACAUCCGCUGGUCGGGCCACUGGACCGAAGAGGAGUAUCGCGCCCGACUGCAGGAUGCCGGGUUCCGCGUGACUUCCUGGAAGUCUCUGGAGCCCUUUGUCCUUCGGCCCUGCCUCCCACGCGUCUUCGCAGAGCACCUGGACUACGUCCUGGUGAAGGCGGAGCUGUCGGAGGUCGCCUCCAGGCCAACAGCAGCGGUCAUCGGCUCAGGCAUGAGUGGACUGAUCGCAGCCCACCUCCUACAGGAAACGCACGAGGUCGUCAUCUUCGAAGCGGGCCCGAAAUGUGGCUUGGUGGGCCUGCAGCAGGAGCUCGCGCCCGGCGUGGCCGUGGACGUGCCCUUGCGCUUCAUGAUGCCCCACUACUACCACCACCUCUUGGGAGUGAUCCGGGCGCUUGGCAUACCCGUCCGAGCAGUACCCUACAACGCUGCCUACCAGAGGGGUGCAGACAUGCUGAUGGUGACUUCAACGAGCUGGUGGGGACAUGUCUGGCAACAUCUGAAGUACGUUCCCUACCUGGCGAAACUGAUGUUCAUAGUGUUCUUCUGCAAGGAGCUAGAGGACGAGAGCUUCUUGGAGUACAUGACGCGCCACGACCUCCAUCAACAUGAGGCCUACAGGAUCUACAGCCUGCAUCUCAGCUGGAUGCUGUCCUGCACCUAUGAGCAGGUGAACAGCACACCGGCGGGCGUGAUCCUGGGCUUCAUCCGGGCCAGCAACCCCCUGGUGCGCAUGUAUCAAGAGAGCGGCAACAUCAUGCGCGUCUACCCCACCAUGCGUGCGCUGCAGGAUGCGCUGCUGAAGGGCAAGGACUUGAGACUGAGCUGUCCUGUGAAGCCAUUUGGUGGCUCCAGGGUCAUCGAAGGCCAAGCCUUUGAUGUGGUCGUGGUAGCCACGGAUGCCGCGGCGGCAGGGUACCUGCUUGGUGGGGAGUGGAAGGAGCGACUGGACAAGAUCCACUAUCAGAAGGGCAACAUCGUGGUUCACAAGGACCCAGCUCUCAUGCCGCCCGCGCGGGCGGACUGGCGAACCUUUAACAUUAGAGCGGAUGGGGCGGACAACACGUGUCAGAUCACCGUGUGGCUGAACAAGUUCUGGGGACGGGACGACAUCGAGGAGGAUCUCUUCGAGACCUGGAACCCUGCUGUCCGCCCGGCCGAGAACCUGACUAUCAAGGAGGUCUCCCUCGGCCGCGCAACCUACACAAAGGCGAUGAAGGAGCUGUGGCCUUGGAUUCAGGGCGCCCAGGGCCGGGAGGGAUUCUACGUGGCGGGGGCCUUUGCCGUGGAAG